CAUCGCUGCCUACAAAUCCCAGAAGUCCUUGCGCUGUACGUCACGGUGUUGUUGCGGAAGUGUCAGUGCAGUGGUGGAGAGUGCUGCUGUGGGUCUGCUGCUGGUGGUGGAGUGGAGCUGUUCUGACUGAGAGACACAGAAGCGGCUGAAUUAGAAACUCUUACAGGAGAACCGCACAGCGCAAUGGCUGCUCUUAAAUACGCGGGAAUGGACGAUACUGACAGCGAGGACGAGCUGCCCCCCGGCUGGGAGGAGAGAUCCACCAAGGAUGGCUGGGUUUAUUAUGCCAAUCAUGAGGAGAUGAAAACACAGUGGGAGCAUCCUAAAACUGGAAAGAAGAAACGCUGUGCUGGAGAUCUGCCGUACGGGUGGGAACAGGAGUUGGACGACAAGGGUCAAGUCUUUUAUGUUGAUCACAUCAACAAGAGAAAGACGUACUUCGAUCCUCGGCAGGCCUUCACCAUAGAGGAUGUACAAGUAAAGCCCAAGCGUUAUGAUGGAAACACUGCUGCCCUGGAGAUUCUACAGGGUCAGGAUCUCUCCAACAAGGUCAUAGUCAUUACUGGAGCCAAUUCUGGUGUCGGUUUUGAGACGGCGCGCUCCUUCGCUCUUCAUGGGGCUCAUGUGAUCUUGGCCUGCCGGAAUAAAGCUCGCAGCAGUAAAGCAGUUAGUCUGAUUCUAGAGGAGUGGCACAAAGCUUGCGUUGAGGCCAUGACACUGGACCUGGCCUCGUUGAGAAGUGUUCAAGAGUUUGCAGAGGCCUUUAAAGCACAGAAACUGCCUCUGCAUAUUCUGGUGUGUAAUGCGGCAGUAUCUACACAGCCCUGGUGUUUGACUGAGGACGGGCUGGAAUCCACCUUCCAGAUCUGCCACCUGGGCCACUUCUACCUGGUGCAGCUGCUGCAGGAUGUGCUGCGGCGGUCAGCUCCUGCUCGUGUGGUGGUGGUGUCCUCUGAAUCCCACAGGUUCACAGAGCUGCUGGACUCGUGUGGUAAAGUGGACUUGGCUCUGCUCUCUCCGCCUCAGAAGGAGUACUGGUCCAUGCUGGCCUACAAUAGAGCCAAACUCUGCAACAUCCUGUUCUCCAAUGAGCUGAACCGCCGCCUGUCUCCGCACGGGGUCACCUCCAACGCAGUGCACCCUGGGAACAUGAUGUAUACGUCCAUCCAUCGCAGCUGGUGGCUCAUGACCUUCCUCUUCACCCUGGCACGACCGUUCACCAAGUCUAUGCAACAGGGUGCGGCCACCACCGUGUACUGCGCAGUGGCUCCGGAGCUGGAGGGACUGGGAGGGAUGUACUUCAACAACUGCUUCCGCUGUCUUCCGUCUCAGCAGGCCCAGGAUCCCUCCUCCGCCCUCAGCCUGUGGGAGCUCAGCGAGAGGCUGGUCCAGGAGAGGUCCACCAACCCUCAGCCAGUGUAACCUCAGGAUCCCGUCGCGUGCCAGUGACCCCGACACCUUCCGUGCCCUGCCGCACGUUUUCCAUCACCAGGAAGUGAAGGGGACUGUGUGUUUUAUAUUUGGGAAAUAUACAGUAUACACUACUGUACUCACUGUACAAAAAUACAAACAAAAAAACAACAGCCAAAUCCUUUAGUCUGCACCUUCAGUGUCCACUGUCACCGUUCGCCAUAAACCAAGCCUGGAGAGUCUGUAGGAGCUAGCACUGUGUAACGUCACUGUAUAUAUUUCCCAGGCCGUUCCAGAUUCCUCACCUUUUGUUCCUCACAUGAGCUAUAGAACACCGUCUAGAACACUGUUCUCUAAUACGGCUCUCUAAACAUCGAUCACCACACGUUCCAGCUAGGGGCUCUACGUUAUAGCAAAUACACUUAGAAAAAAAUAGAACAUCAUCUCACAAUCUUAAACUACACAAUUUUUAAUCUUUGAAUUCGAGUUCUGUUGAAAUAGCUGGGAAUUCUCGUUCUCAAGGUCCAUCCAUCCCUUUGUACAGAUUGAAUUAAGAGAAUGAGUAGAUGAGUGCACUAAAGAAGCUACAAAGAAGUAGUGGAGGAAGUAGUGGAGGAAGUAGUGGAAGAGUGUAUGUAUGUGUGUUUACGUCUGUAUGUGUGUGUGUGUGUGGGUGGGCGGGUGUGAAUGCGUACGAGAGUGGUUUCCUAUUUACACAUAAGACCACUGAAGUUCCUACAAAUCUGCCUGUAUAGAUAUGCUGUACAUGAUACACAUCAGGUGAUGUUCUAAUGCGCUUUAUGUUUCUGUAGAUUCUGUAGAUUAGUAGAAUUCACGACCCCCAAUCUGCCGAGAGACUCCCGAUCCAAACUAUGAAUUUUCGAACUUUUACAAAAUGCUAUGCUAAUGCUAAUUACAAUGAAGCAGCAUCUCUGAGGAGAACAGGAGGGCCAGUGCUGGCUGAGGGAAAAAAAAGAAAGAGAGUCUCGCAGAAGUCUUUAAGAAAUUUCAGGUGGAAUUUUCUCUUCGAUCUCCCUGUUUUUUGUUUUUGUUUAGUUUUUUUUGUUUUUUUAAAUCGUCCAUUUCGUCAGUGUGUUGUUUGUGUGAGGUUUCCCCUGUAGAAGGUGGUCUUCAUCGGUUUUGAUUCGCUGAGGGCACUAUCUGUAGAGCUGUUGGAGUAGUUCAGAAGUAGAGAGGAUGGUGAAGACUGAAGAAUGGCACCAGGAUUGAUCUUUUUUUUUCUCCCCUCUCUCUGUUUGAUUCCGCUUCUCCAUCUUUUCUCUCGUUUCUUCCUAAGGGCUUUGACUUUGGAGAGGUUGUGCUUUGUGGCAGUCUUGGUGCCAUGGGUCAAUCUAAGCCAUAAGCAUUCCAGUGUAACGGGACCUGGAGAGACGAAAGAAAGAGAGAGAGAGAGAGACAAAUGAAUAAAAAUUGAUUGAAAGAA